GAAAUGGCGCUGCAGCUAGUCCAGAAAAAACUCUGCUGUUUUAUCUGUCUGGACCUACUAAACGAUCCCGUGACUAUUCCCUGUGGGCACAGCUACUGCAUGAGCUGUAUUAAAAGCCGCUGGGAUGAAGAGGAUCCAAAGAAAAUCUACAGCUGCCCUCAGUGUAGUCAGACCUUCACACCGGUACCUGUCCUGGUGAAAAGUGCCACUUUAGUGGAAGAGCUGAAGAAGACAAGACUUCAAGCUGCUCUUGUUGAUCACUGCUAUGCCACACCGGGAGAUGUUGCCUGUGAUUUUUGCACUGGGAGAAAGCUGAAAGCCCUCAAGUCCUGUCUGGUGUGUCGAGUCUCUUAUUGUGAACUCCACCUUCAGCCUCACUAUGAAUCCCCUGCCUUUGAGAAACACAAGCUGAUCAAACCCUCCGAAAAUCUGCAGGAGAAAUUUUGCUCUCGUCAUGAUGAGGUGAUGAAGAUUUUCUGCUGCAACGACCAGCAGACAAUAUGUAUUUUGUGCGCCAUGGAUGACCAUAAAGACCAUGACACAGUCUCAGCUGCAGAAGAAAGGAACGAGAAGCAGAGGGAGAUUGGGAUGAUUCGGCAAAAAAUCCAGCGCAGAAUCCAGGACACAGAGAAAGAUGUGAAGGUGCUACAGCAGGAGAUAGAGGCUAUCAAUCGCUCUGCUGAUAAAGCAGUGAAGGACAGUGAGAAGAUUUUCACUGAGCUUGUCAGUCUCACAGAGAAAAGAAGCUCUGUUGUGAAGGAACAAAUCCGAUCCCAGCAGAAGACCGAAGUUAGUCGGGCCACAGAGCUUGAGGAGAAGCUGGAGGAGGAGACUGCUGAGCUGAGAAGGAAGGACACUGAGCUGGAGCGCCUCUCACAAACUGAUGACAUCCAGUUCCUUCUGAAUUACCCUUUGCAGUCACAUCUCAGCGAAUCUACAGACUCACCCAGCUUAAAUAUCCAGCCUCUGCAAUACUUUGAAGACAUGACAGCAGCUUUGUCAGAGGCCCGAGAAAAACUACAAGACAUUUUCAACAAGGAAUGGCUGAAGAUCUCACUAAAAGUGACUGAAGUAGAUGUUUUACUGCCACAACCAGAGCCCAAGACCAGAGAUGAAUUCUUACAAUAUUCCCGUCAAAUCACUCUGGAUCCCAACACAGUUAACAUCUGGCUGUCAUUAUCUGGAGGCAACAGAAAAGCAACAGUAAGGACAGAAAAGCUAUUAUAUUCCAGUCACCCAGAUAGAUUCACUGACUGGCUUCAGGCCCUCAGUAGAGAGAGUCCGACUGGACGUUCUUACUGGGAGGUGGAGAGAAGCAGCGGAGGGGUUUCAGUAGCUGUUGCAUACAAGGACAUCAGCAGAACAGGGAACGAAAGUGGAUUUGGAAACAAUGACAUGUCUUGGGCACUAGGAUGUUUUGACAUUACUUAUUAUUUCAGACAUAACAAUAUCAGAACUUCACUCUCAGGCCCUCAGUCCUCCAGAAUAGGAGUGUACCUGGAUUACAAGGUAGGAACUCUGUCUUUCUAUAGCAUCUCUGUAACCAUGACUCUCCUUCACAAAGUCCAGACCACAUUCACUCAGCCGCUCUAUGCUGGAUUUGGGGUUUAUUGGGUUGGAGACACUGCUAAGUUGGGUGAGCUAAAGUAG